CACCUUUCACAUUGAUUUAUAUCUAAAAACUGUUCAGGAAGAAGCAGAACCCUUCUAUAAAAGAUUCUACUGGACCACGCCUACUUUAUAACUCACAUGAUUCUCUUACCUCAUAAAUUAUCAACCAAUAAAAUUUCUGGUAAUCUUUUCCAAGGCACCUGAAGAGAAAAUGGCUCAGAUAGAACAAUUAAUUGAAAAAUUUCAAAUAGUAAGACAUGUCACUGUGGUGGCUUCUUCUAACAAGCAAUUUCACUGUCUUAGUUAAUUAACACAUAUUUUUAUUGUACAAAAAAACAUAUUGUAAGAAGAAAGAAUGUGUGUAGUUUAGAAUUUAGUUAAAAUUUAUCAGUAUAGGUUAUUAGGAAUGUUUAUAAGUUAUUUUCAAUAAACUGCAUAUCCUCUACAAUUGUAUAGAUAAAUAAAAUAAUAAUGAACCCUUACUGUAGAAACAUUCCAAUUUAUUUGAUAUCUGUUAAAUAUUAGAAGCCAUUGUAUACGUGUACACCCAGACCUAGUUUUCAAAAACUAAUACCAAACUUAAAUAUUUAUUUUUUCUCCAUUUUAAAGAAAAAUAUGAGAACAAUAAUUUACCAAAACACAAUUAUAAUUAACAUAGUGGAGCAGCCAACCAGAUUCCUAUAGCAUGUCAAAUUAUACGUUUUUUAUUACAGUUUUAUUUCGAUCUUUCAAUCUUUUUAAAUUUAGAAUGUCAUUGGAUCCAUCCCUGUGGUAGUACUAAAUUCAUCGCUUUAAACGUCGGCAUGUCAUGACAUAAUAAAGUAAAAAUUAUAAUUUAUGACGUAACUGUUUACAGUGUCAUUGUAUGUGAACCGUUAUGUAUUUAUAAUAUUGUAUAUUUUUUCGACUAAAAUCGCAGUUGAGUUAGGGCUGUGCUACUUUUAAGACGUUCAAUUUUCGCAUCCAUCGCCCACCGGCAACAAAAGGACCGAGUAGUAAGUGGAGACAAACUACGGAGAGACUACGAUUCGAUGUCCCUUUCAAAUUACAAUAUAAAAACAAUGGCACUUAACAAAUACGACGUAGGCAACGUACAUUUGUUGAACGAUUCGUGGAAACUAUGGUAUUGGAGAUUCAGCGGAACUGCGGUCCCGGACGUCAAUUGGACGGAUAAUUUGCACGGAUUGUGCGAGUUUGACAGUGUCGAAAAAUUUUGGAGCAUUUUUAAUCAUAUUAAAAUGCCAAGUAUGUUAACGACUGGCUGUGAUUACUCUGUAUUUAAAUCAGAUAUAAAACCCAUGUGGGAAGACCCAGCAAACAAGAAUGGUGGACGUUGGUUAAUAAAGGAUAGUGGACUAUUAGAUCAGUACUGGAUGGAUAUUCUGUUGAGUAUGAUUGGUGGAAUGUAUGAUCCAUACAACGAUAAUAUUUGUGGUAUUGUCUAUAAUAGGCGUCAAUACAGUAAAAUAUCUGUUUGGAUUUCUUCAUGUGACAUGGAUAUUGUUAAUGACAUUGGCUCUAAACUUAAAGUUUACCUUGAUACAAAAGAAAAGUUGAAGUUUGAAAAACACAGUGAAUUUUUGAAGAAGAAAAUAAAUUCGCAGAAAAAAAUUUAUUUAGGCCAAAUGACACAAACAAAUAUUUAAAUGUUAUUAAAAAUUAAUAUAUUAAACACAAUCUGUUUUAUUAUGAUGUAAGUUUUAAAAAAUGUAAUAUGUCUUACUAUUUAAACGAUAAAGGAAAUUUAUUAUGCUAAGAUUACUAGCCAAUAAACAGUUAAAUACUUUAGCAAUGAUAAAAUCCUGAUAUAUUAUUAUAUAAUUACAAAAAGUAAACAUGUUAUUGUUGAAAAAUUAUUAUUGUUAGCUGGAUUACAUUGUUUUUUUUUUUUUA